AUGGGUUUGCGCAUCUUGCUCGCGGCUCUAACAGGAGCCUUUGUCAUUUACACUUUUUUGAAGUCCAAAGGUGGCUCACGCUUGCCCCCUGGUCCAAGGGGGAAGCCAGUUAUUGGAAAUCUGCUGGAUCUACCUGCAGCAGGAAAACAAGAAUGGCAACAUUGGCUCAAACACAAAGACCUAUAUGGCCCUUUGAGUUCGCUUUCGAUCUUUGGAACUACCCUUGUGAUUAUCAAUGAUCGCAAAUUGGCCUUUGAAAUACUGGAGAAACGUUCUGCAAAGCACUCCUCUCGUCCAAAUCUGGUGUUUGCAGAUGAAAUCGUCGGAUGGGGCAAAGCGCCAUCGAGCCAGGAUAACACCAGCCUGCUGCGCUCCUAUCGGAAGGCAAUGGCACGGAUCAUCGGGUCACGCAGCUCGAUGGCCAAGUUCGACGACAUGCUUGAGGUUGAAGCGCGACGAUUCCUUUGGCGAGUGCUUGACCGUCCGAGCGAUUUUGUGAAACAUACUAGAACUGCCGCCGGUGCAUUCAUAUUGAAAAUCACCUAUGGAUACAAUAUUGAGCCGCAUCAUGACGAUCCUCUCGUGAACUUGGCAGAUUUGGCACUCCAGCAAUUUUCCGAAUCUGUGGUUCCCGGCGCUUGGCUCGUUGAUAUGAUUCCAGCUCUGAAGCAUAUUCCAGAAUGGUUUCCAGGAGCUGGGUUCAAAAAGACCGCACGAUUCUAUGCUCACACUCUCACACGUCUUGUCGAGGAGCCAUUCGCAUUCACGAAAUCUGAGAUGGCUGAUGAAAAGCACGAGAACUCUUUCACUGCAAGCCUGCUACAACAAGGGGAAGAUGAGGAGAUCGUCAAAUGGUCGUCCGUUGCCCUCUACAGUGCCGGAGCAGACACGACUGUCUCUGCCCUGAAAGGGUUUUAUCUUGCAAUGAUGCUUCAUCCAAAUGUUCAGCAAAAAGCGCAAGCUGAACUAGAUCAAGUACUCGGGCCUAAUGUCUUCCCUUCAGUUGAAGAUCGAGACAAAUUACCCUACAUCAACGCCAUCGUCACGGAAGCUCUCCGUUGGCACACUGUUGCUCCGCUUGGCUUGCCCCACAAGACCGACCAGGAUGAUAUUGUUGACGGCUAUCUCAUACCCAAGGGCGCAUUAUUGCUUCCAAAUAUCUGGGCUUACAACCACGACCCCGAGGUGUAUGAAAACCCAUCAGUCUUCGAUCCCGAGCGAUUCUUGAAUAACUCGAAUUCCAACCCUGUUCCCGAUCCUUCCAAUGUGAGCUUUGGGUUUGGACGACGCAUCUGCCCUGGUCGUCUGGUCGCAGACAUCUCUCUCUUUCUAACAAUCGCUCAUACGCUCGCUGUGUUCAACAUCACUAAACCUUUGCGAGAGGAUGGACGGACAGCUGAGCCUAACGUCGACUUCACUCCAGGAAUCAUAUGUCAUCCCGAGGACUUUGAUUGUGUAUUCUCACCGCGAAGCCCUGAGCACAAAAAGCUGGUUGUUGAAUUCGAGAAAGCACAUCCCUUUGAGAAGGGCGAUGCCCCGUAUUUGAAGGAAAUUCUCACGGAAAGGAAAAGCUACGCCUAA